GCGGAGGAUGGAAGCAAGGGAGAGGCGGAGCGUGGCGCGUUGACGUCCUCCCAAGAUGGCGGAUAGCGAGUGAAGAAACGGUCCCCCCGGGUGGCUACCGGUCAAGGGUAAAAUUCCUUUCUGAUAGCAAAAUGCAGUAUUCUCACCACUGUGAGCACCUAUUAGAGAGACUGAACAAGCAACGGGAAGCAGGUUUUCUUUGUGACUGCACCAUAGUGAUUGGAGAAUUCCAGUUUAAAGCCCAUAGGAAUGUGCUCGCCUCAUUUAGUGAGUAUUUUGGUGCGAUCUACAGAAGCACUUCUGAGAACAAUGUUUUUCUUGAUCAGAGUCAGGUGAAAGCUGAUGGAUUUCAGAAACUGUUGGAGUUUAUAUACACAGGAACUUUAAAUCUUGACAGUUGGAAUGUUAAAGAAAUUCAUCAGGCUGCUGACUAUCUCAAAGUGGAAGAGGUAGUAACUAAAUGUAAAAUAAAAAUGGAAGAUUUUGCUUUUAUUGCUAGUCCCUCAUCCACGGAAAGAUCUAGUAUUACUGGAAACAUUGAAUUGAAUCAACAGACUUGUCUUCUUACUCUACGAGAUUAUAACAAUCGAGAGAAAUCCGAAGCGUCUGCAGAUUUAGUUCAGGCAAAUCCUAAACAAGGGGCAAUAACAAAGAAGUCGUUGCAAACUAAAAAGAAGAAAAAGGCUUUCAAUUGCCAGAAAACCAGGCAGAAUAAAACGGUGCAAUAUCCCAGUGACAUUUUAGAGAAUUCAUCUGUUGAAUUAUUCCUAGAUGCAGAUAAAUUGUCCACACCUGUAGUCGAUCAAGUUGCCCAAAGAAAUGAUAAUUCAGAACUUGAGUUGACUUCAGUUGUGGAAAAUACUUUUCCAGCACAAGAUAUUGUGCAAACUGUUACAGUGAAACGGAAACGUGGGAAAUCACAGCCACACUGUGCUCUGAAAGAACACUCUAUGUCUAAUAUAGCUAGUGUAAAGAAUCCUUACGAGCUGGAGAACUCUGGGGAAGAGCUGGAUCAGAGGUAUUCCAAGGCCAAGCCAAUGUGCAACACAUGUGGGAAAGUGUUUUCAGAAGCCAGUAGCUUGAGAAGGCACAUGAGAAUACAUAAAGGAGUCAAACCUUAUGUCUGCCACUUGUGUGGAAAGGCCUUUACCCAGUGUAACCAGCUGAAAACACACGUCAGAACCCAUACAGGUGAGAGGCCAUAUAAAUGCGAACUGUGUGAUAAAGGAUUUGCUCAGAAAUGCCAGCUAGUCUUCCAUAGUCGUAUGCAUCAUGGUGAGGAAAAGCCUUAUAAAUGUGAUGUGUGCAAUUUACAAUUUGCAACUUCUAGCAAUCUCAAGAUUCAUGCAAGGAAGCAUAGUGGAGAGAAGCCAUAUGUCUGUGAUAGGUGUGGACAGAGAUUUGCUCAAGCCAGCACACUGACUUACCAUGUCCGUAGACAUACUGGAGAAAAGCCUUACGUGUGUGACACAUGUGGGAAGGCUUUUGCUGUCUCUAGUUCUCUUAUCACUCAUUCUCGAAAACAUACAGGUGAAAAACCAUACAUUUGUGGUAUUUGUGGGAAAAGUUUUAUUUCCUCAGGAGAGCUCAACAAACACUUUCGAUCCCAUACAGGAGAAAGACCAUUUAUCUGUGAACUAUGUGGAAAUUCUUACACAGAUAUUAAAAAUUUGAAGAAGCACAAAACAAAGGUCCAUUCUGGUGCAGAUAAAACUCCAGAUGGUCAUACUUUAAAUGAUCAAGAUUCCAUACAAAAAAGCCCAAUGUCAGAAGCUAUAGAUGUGAAGCCUUCUGAUAUGACUCUACCCUUAGCUCUUCCACUUGGCACAGAGGACCACCACAUGCUUCUCCCUGUCACGGACAGUCAGUCUCCUACCUCAGACGCAUUGCUGAGGUCCACUGUGAAUGGGUAUUCAGAGCCACAGCUGAUUUUUUUACAACAGUUAUAUUGACUGGGUGAGGAAUGUGGAAUUGUUAAGACAUGUCUGGUAGUAAACACAAUUCUCUGGCAAGGUGCAUAUUUUCAUAUUAAAUACCCUUCAUCUGAGCUGUGACCAUUGCUUUUUAUUCACUGAAGUAGAAUCACCCAGUGCUGCAUCCUAACUGCAGCUCCUGUUUUGAGUUUUGGCUUUUAUGUACAAAGUACACAAAUCUCUUUUUAAGGAAUGGUAAUACUGUUUUGGGUGGAUAAGUUUUAGUUGCCUUUAAAACUGCCUUAAUUCCAUUUUAGAAUUACCAUUCACUCCUGCAGUAGCAUCUAUCAGUUUGUGAAUUCUGGUUGUUUUGGUUUGGUUUUUGGUGUUUUUCAAUGUAGAUCUCACUUUAAUCCAGGCUGACCUGGAAUUUACUCUGUAGCUCCAGGCUGGCCCCUAACUCACAGUGAUCCUCCUAGCUCAGCCUCCUGCAUGCUGGGAUUAAAGGCCUGUGUGCCACAGUGCCUAGCUCUGAUUCUGUUUGGAUAGGUUUUUUUUUUUUUUUUCAUUCUCCUCAAAAUUUAAGCAAAAUCAACAAUAGUAUCAUCUCCAAAAACAGUAUCAGUUUUUGUUGUAAACCCAGUACACCAAUAUGUAAACUGGGGGUGGGGGUUAUAUAUCAUAUUUCUACCUAUGGAAAUUGAGAUACAAAGUAAGAAUUAGGUUAUUUCUUUAUUUGUGAUCCUUUAGAGGUAAUUUUCUAAAGAAGCCAAAAGAAGUGUUUUUCUUAAAAACUUAGAAAACUGUAUAUAAGUUUUUCAUCAACAUUCCGGAGAAAACCAGUGGUCAGCAAGUCAGUUUUUGUUCUGAAUUCUUUGAGACUAUAUUUUUAAAAUAGAUAAUGUGGUGUUUUUAUGUAGUUAAAGGACAGUUGUGAAUUUUGAUUCAGUUUAUAUUUUAUUAGCUUUGUAUAGUACUGGAAAUGAGUACCAAAUUUUGAAAAAUUUGAUAAGGCUGUCUUAUGUCAGUUAUCUACUUUUUAAAUUAUGUUUCAGAUUCUAUAAAGAAUUUUCUAAAUACAGAAUGCACACUAGAAAUCACUUGGCUUCUAAAUUUGACACAUUAUAUUGCGAAUAAAAUUUGCCUUGGGUUCUACCCAUAGCAAAACACGCACACACACACACACAGAAUUAAGAUACUAACUUCAAACAGAUUAGAAAUUCAGUUUAUUAAACAUUUUAUACUUGAGUUGUCUACAAAUUUGGGUUCAUAAGUUUUAUAAAUUAAACCACAACUUUUGGUUGCUAUAGUUCCGUAGCAGACUUUUUCCUUCCACGAGAAUGUAGAAAGUUUAGUAUUACCCUGCUGUUGGUGCACAUUCUCUUCAUCUCACUCUCCCUACAGAUUUUUUCACUGCCUUAUCUUUGGACUUUAAUUACCAGCUUCACAAACUCAGUUCCCAUAAUGUUAAUAACCAUGUGUGUCUGCCAUGGCUUUUUUUGUUUUCAAGUUUUAAACUAAUUCUGAAAUUUAAUAUGCUUAUUGGUAGCAAAGUUUUUAAUUUUCUGUUUGGGGUGCAAUUUAUAGAUAUCAGCUAGAAGACAUACUAUGUAAACAAUUCAUUUAUUUAACUGGAAAAAUUGUCACUAUUUCUCAGUGAACAUAACAUUCUCACAAUAAAUUGCCGCCAGUGGGAUUGACUUAACUGAAGAGAGUUUCCAAUACCACCUUUGUAUAAUGCAAAUUUAGCAUUUUAUUACUUAGCCAAAAUAUCUGCACAUGUAUUUAACAUACUUGGUUUACACAAAAUUUAUAAAAAUAGGAAAUGUUCACCUAAUCUUUUGUGGUUUCAGUUCAAUAAAAACUUACUGGAAUGUAGUAAGUUAAAAGAAAAAUGAAACAACUAAACCUCUGUAACAAAUCUGGCAGAGUAGAACAGUUAUGUUUAAUUUAUAUCUUUGUUAAUCCAAACAUCUAAAAAAAUUUAUUUUUAAAAAAGUGCCAUACAUAGCCAAGGUAUGGAGGACAUGCAUGUAGUUCCCAGUACUCUGGGAAGCUGAGACAGGAGGAUCAAAAAAAAAAAAAAAUUGCUAAAGCACUAUAGUUGUAUGAAGGCAAUAAUUAUUGGAUUUCCUCAAAUAUAAUGAUAAUUA